GGAAUUACAAGCCCUGUCUUUUGACUUGUGUUUUUUUAUUUUUUAUUUUUAUCUCUCUCUAUUAAUAUCUCCAUCAGUGUCCCAAAACCAAUCUGCACAAAGUCUAUGUUUCGGGGAAAAACUUAAGUAGCCACCAUCACCUUUCACCCCCACAGUUUUGAAAGAAACUUUGUUGGUCUGGUUUUCCAAUACCCAAAGAUCAUGGGAAGGGCUCCUUGUUGUGACAAGGCUAAUGUGAAGAAAGGACCUUGGUCACCUGAAGAAGAUGCUAAGCUGAAAGAGUAUAUACAGCAACAUGGAACUGGAGGGAACUGGAUUGCUCUCCCACAAAAAGCUGGCCUUAAGAGAUGUGGGAAAAGUUGCAGAUUGAGAUGGCUUAACUAUCUCAGGCCUAAUAUUAAGCAUGGAGAGUUCUCUGACGAUGAAGAUAGGAUAAUCUGCACUCUCUUUGCAAGCAUUGGUAGCAGGUGGUCAAUUAUAGCAUCUCAGUUGCCAGGCAGGACUGAUAAUGAUAUCAAGAACUACUGGAACACGAAGCUAAAGAAGAAACUAUUUGGCAUGGUUCCCCAAUCUCAAAGGAAACCUCAUCAGAUUCCCCAUGCUAGCUUUUCAUCUGUUCUACAAUCAUCUUCACCUUCAUCCCCAUCCCCAUCAUCACCAUUACUCUACAAUUGCAGCAACAACACCUACCACACACCAGCUAGAUCUUUUUCAUGCUUUGAAGCAUCAUAUUCCUCAAGUUUCUCAAACAGCAGUGCUUCUUGUGUAAAUGCUGCAUCAGUUCUUCAACCGCAGGAGAGUUUAUUGGGUCAAAUCCAGCAUUAUCAACUGCAUGAUAAUGGUGUCCAAAUGUUUGGGGGGGAAGCUAGUUGUAGUUCUUCUGAUGGGAGUUGCAGCAACCAAAUCAGCCACAACAAAGAAUUAGAGAAUAGCAAUGGUACUGUAUAUGAUGGUGAUCAUCAACAAUUUGGGAUGUACAGUUAUAAUAAUUUCUACAGUGAAGCUGCUGAUGGAAGCCAGAAGCUGAUGAUAGCAUUAAAUGGGGAUCAUGGUACUGAUGGAUGGUCUGAUCAUCAUAAGUCAUCAAAUGGAUUGUUGGAUGAAACUGAAACACCUUUAGAUUAUGGGAUUGAGGGGAUUAAGCAGCUAAUCAGUACUACUAGUACUAGUAGUUGUAACAGCUUUAUUUUUGAUGAAAACAAAGCAGAUGAAAAUCUUCUGUACUAUUGAUCUGACUUUGACUGUGUAAAAUCACAUGGAUUUGAAGGGUAAGUGGAGGAAAUGGGCUCAAGAUUUUACAGAUUUAGAUUUUUUUUUUGGGUGUCCUUUUGGGAAAUGAUGUAAUUUGCUAGCGGCCAUAGAUUUUGACUGCAAUAUUCAGAAAUAAAACAUUAAAUUUCAUGGAAA